AUGCUCCUAGAGUGUUGCCUAGAGAAAUUAAAGAUUAGUAAUAAUGAGGCAUUGUACAUCUUUACCAAGCACAAAGCAUACCUCAACAAUAUAUUAUACCAGCAUAAGGACCAUGAUGCAGCCUUUUUGGCAGAUGUUAUUAGUCUAGGGAAAACAUGGAUCAGGAUUGACUGGCUUUUGCAUAAAAUCAAUGAAAGGCAAAGCUUGUUACAAGAGGGCAUGCCUCCUAAGGCCAUGGCAAAGCCUUUUCUUGUCAUUGUUUCUUCUAAUCUUGUAAAGCAAUGGAUGAAACAAAUUCUAUAUGUCAUGGAUAACAUUUUAGUCUAUAUGUACUAUGGAGACUACUACAAGAAGUAG